AUGCCCUCCCAUCCCGAAUCGGACGAGCUGGAGACCUCCCCCCGCGCAACAUCCACCGCCUCCUCCCUCCGCUCCACCUCCACUCCCGCCCUCAUCCGCUCCUACCUCGUCUACACAGCCUGCUCCUUCCCGCUCAUCAUCGACUCGGCCCCGGGCCUUCUGCAUGCCUUCACGCACUCCGGGAUCCCAGGUCUUAAGGGCCUCACAGAGUUCGUCGUGAGACAUACAUUCUUUGCGCAGUUUGUACCGGGCGAGACGGUCGAGGAAUGUAUUCCGCAAAUGGAGGCGAUGCGGCGCCGAAAUGUAGGGGCGAUGCUGAAUUACUCGGCGGAGGCGGAUCUGGAUGCGGCAGGGGAGGGGGAUAGCAGGGAGGCGGGCAAGGCGUUUGAGAAGAAGAGACUGGAGGAGGUUUAUCGGGCUUUGGAGAGGGCAGGGGAAUUUGAGGCGGGGAUGGAGAAGAGAGGGGGGAUGAGAGGGAGUACCUGCUUUGCUCUAAAGAUCACCGGCCUCAUCGACCCCGAUAUCCUCGCUCGAGCAUCCACAACCCUCCUCCGCCUUCGCCCCCUCUCCCAGUCCUCAUCCCCCUCUUCACCUCUCUCCGGCCCUCACCCGCCGGUCGCCUACCCCGGCACACCCCUCUCGUCCGAUGCCCAGGUCAUAGCGCGCGAAACGGGGGAUACGCGGUAUCUCCUCAGCCUGAAAGGCGGGGUGGAGGGGAUGGGGAUACUGGAGAGCGACGAGGGGUUGCAAGACGGCGAUCUGGAGGAGCUGGGCGUACUCUGGGGGAAGUUGAGGGAUUUGGGGGCGUUUGCGAAGAAGAAGGGGGUCAAACUGAUGAUUGAUGCCGAACAUACCUGGUAUCAGCCCGCUUUGGACGCGUAUACCAUACUUCUUGCGCAAGAGUACAACCGGCCGCCCAAGCGAGGUCUGCUGGGUCUGGGCGAGACAGAAUCGCCCAUCGAUGGGCCGCUCGUCUUCGGGACAUUCCAGUCAUAUCUGAAUCGCCAGCCCGAGUACCUCCAAGCUGCCCUACACCACGCCGAGGAGAAUGGGUAUAUACUGGGCGUGAAGCUCGUCAGGGGCGCGUACUUUGUGCAGGAGAGGAAGAAGUGGAAAGAUGAGGGCAGGCCGGGUCCUGAUCCGAUCUGGGCAGACAAAGAAGCCACCGACAAGGCAUACGACGGCUCAGUCACCACCAUCAUCUCGACUCUCGCUCGCCAACUCCACUCUACGCACUCUGAGCGCGCCCUCAACGUCGUCUUCGGGACGCACAACCAGGAAUCGUGCGAUCUGAUCGUGGAGCGCCUGAAGGCUGAGGGGCUGGCUGUACUCGGCGAAAAGAAGGGGAGUGUCCGGUUGAGAGAGGACGUGCAGGGAAAGGUGUUCGUAGCGCAGCUGUAUGUAGGUAUGAAGGACGAUCUGACGGACCGGAUGGCGGCGGCGUUCGAGUAUGCACCUAUUCCCUUUGCGCUCAAAUACAUUGCCUAUGGCCAACUUGCGGAAGUCAUGCCUUUCCUCGGAAGGAGGGCUAUUGAGAACAAGGCGGUGAUGAGUGGGGAGGGAGGCGCCGCGGCCGAGAGGUCGAGAUUGAGCGGAGAGCUGUGGAGGCGGGUCUUCGGAGGAUAG